GUCGUUCCUUUCGCCCUCCCCGUGGCGGAUGAGAAGGGUAUGAAGAAGGUCUACAAGACCAUCCGAAAGGCUGCCAAGAACAACACCCUGAAGCGCGGCGUCAAGGAGGUCGUCAAGACUCUCCGAAAGUCUCCCCCUUCCGCCCCCGGCAACACCUCUUUCCCCGGCGUUGUCAUCAUCGCCGGCGACAUUUCUCCCAUGGACGUCAUCUCUCACCUCCCCGUGCUGUGCGAGGACCACAACGUGCCCUUCAUUUUCGUCACGUCACGCGCUGAGCUCGGCGCUGCCGCCAAGACCAAGCGUCCUACAUCCGUGGUCAUGAUCAUGGAGAAGGCCGAGGGCAAGAAGUCAAAGGACAAGUCU